CAUCAACCACCCAACCCAUCCCCAACUCCCCCACCACCACCAUGCACGCCGCCCAAGUCCCCGCCUGGGGCUCUCCCCCAGUCUAUGUCUCCAUCCCAGAACCCCCCAGCACCCCCGACACCGUCCAGAUUAAAGUCCUCGCAGCCGGCCUGCACCGCCUCGUGCGCUCCCGCGCCGCCGGCACCCACUACAGCUCCAAAACCCUGCCGCACACGCCCGGCACCGACGGCAUCGGUACCCUCCUCACCACCGGCCAGCGCGUCUACUUCUCCACCUUCGCGACCGGCGGCUCCUUCGCCGACAUCGUGUCCGUGCCCGCGCACGCCGUCACGCCCGUCCCCGACGCCGUCGACACGGUCCAAGCCGCCGCGAUGGUCAACCCCGCGCUGAGUUCGUGGAUGGCGCUGCGCGCGCGCAUGGGGGGCGAGGCGCUGCCGGCGGGUUUCACGGUGCUGAUCAUGGGCGCGACGAGCGCGUCGGGUGGGAUCGCGAUCGAGGUCGCGCGGGCGCUGGGCGCGGGGAGGGUCAUUGGGGUUGCGCGGAAUGCGGCGAAGCUCGCGACGUUGGGGCUGGAUGAGGCGAUUGCGCUGCGUGAUCCCGUGACCGAGACUGAUUUUGGGACGCUGGGGGAUGUGGAUGUUGUGCUUGAUUAUAUCUAUGGCGCGCCGGCGUUGCAUUUGUUUAAGAGCUUGAAGAGUGCGCGGCCGGUGCAGUAUGUGCAUAUUGGGUCACUGGAUGCGUUAGAGGUUAGUUUGCCGGGGAGUGUGUUGCGGAGUAAGAAUCUGACGAUAAGGGGGUCGGGACCCGGUGCGUGGUCGUUUAAGGAGAUGGGGAAGGAGUUGCCGGAGUUGUUAAAGGCGAUGCCGGCGAUGGAGGAGCAGCCCGUGAAGGUAGUGCCGUUGAGUGAGGUUGAAAAGACUUGGGGUGAGAUUGGUGGAGUUAGGGGCGAGAGUGGUGGAUUUAGGAUUGUUUUCGUGCCGUAGAGGAUGGAGGUGGUAGAAAAGAGGGAUCGCGGAGGACUUGGUCGGAUCGAACCUAGAAAUUAACGACGGAGACGGCGAUAAAGAUAUGAUUUUGGGCCUUCAUAAUGAUGUUGUAGGAGUGGGGAUUGGAGAGAAAGUCUCCCCCCUUGAAUUGCAAGCUAGAUGAAAUAGUAAUAUAUGUAAAAUUGACCGUCCUCCUUC